AUGGAGACCAUUAAGCAAGCAGUCAAUCAACUCGUUGGCGAAGGCACUACACAGCCAACCAGGAAACUGGGCAAGAAUGGACCAGCCAUCACAGCCAUGGGCUAUGGUUGUAUGGGGUUGAGUGCUUUUUAUGGCAAGCCUAAACCGGAUGAGGAACGAUAUGCUGUCCUCGACCACGUAUAUAACUCUGGCGAGCUUUUCUGGGACUCUGCGGAUAUGUACAUGGACAGCGAGGAUCUGCUCGGAAGAUGGUUCAAGCGCAAUCCAGGAGCUAGAGAGAAGAUCUUCUUGGCCACCAAGUUUGCGAAUUAUGUCGACCCCGAUACAGGAAAGAGAAGUGUGCGGAAUGAGCCAGACUAUAUUCGCCAGCAGUGUGACAAGUCGCUUCAACGCCUGGGCACAAACUAUAUUGAUCUUUAUUACUGCCACAGAGCUGACAAAGAACAACCAAUCGAGAUCACGGUCAAGGUCAUGAAGGAACUUCAGGAUGCCGGGAAGGUGAAGUAUCUUGGCCUCAGCGAGGUUUCAGCCGACACUCUUCGCCGCGCCUGCAAAAUCGCGCAUAUCGACGCAGUCCAAAUGGAGUACUCGCCGUUUGCAAUGGAAGUCGAACAGGAAGGUCUUCUUCAGGCAUGCAGAGAGCUUGGCGUGGCUAUUGUUGCAUACAGUCCCUUGGGUCGUGGCUUCCUUACUGGUUCAAUAAGGUCUCCUGACGAUUUCGAGGAGGGUGAUUUCCGAACGUUUGCUCCUCGUUUUAGCAAGGAAAACUUUCACAAGAACCUCGAGCUGGUCGACACAUUGAAAGCCAUUGCAGACAGGAAAGGCUGCACGUCUGGUCAGCUGACGUUAGCAUGGUUGAUGGAGAGUGACCCGCUUGUCCUUCCUAUUCCAGGCACGACAAGGACCAAGAACUUUGACGAGAACAUGGGUGCGCUCAAGCUGAAUAUCACCAAGGAGGAAGAUGCCGAGAUCAGAAAGGCUAUUGCAGGUGCAGAGGUUCAUGGAACAAGAUACCCAGAGGCCUUCGCCAGCGCCCUGUUUGUCAAUACAGUUCCCCUGGACCAAUACAACGGCCCGCACAAGAACCUGGUUUGA